CCCCUGCUUGCGGUUGCAAUUCCAGCAUUACAGUUUUAGUUCUCUAUCCCGCACCAGAUCUGGUGCAAGGGGUGGGUUGUGUUAACAAAUUGUGUGAAUCUUGCUUCUGAGGGUAGGCGUGGGGAUACCGGAGUCUUUUCGGGAAGGAAGAGAGGGGACUCUCCGUUUUCAAUAGAUCUUCCACUGUCUUCUUUUGAGGGGGAAGCCGGGGCCUCGGCCUCGGCGGCUUUCAAAGCCCCCACCUUCACAGCCCUAUCAACAAAACCCUAACCGUAUUCUUUUUUUUUUUUUUUCCUUUUUUAUAUUAAUUUUCUAAUUCAUUUUGAUCGUCGCCGCCACUAGAGAUGCCUGCCUUGGCUUGUUGCGUGGAUGCUGCAGCACCUCCCGGCUAUGCAUUUGCCGGUGACAUCUCUUUUCCGGCGCCGGUCGCCUUUACCGACGUUCCUCUGCCUACGACAGACGACAACACCAGCCAUUGGUCACCGUCCCUCUCCGCCGCUCUCUACAACGUCGACGGAUGGGGCGGUCCCUACUUUUCCGUCAACGCAGCCGGGAACAUCUCGGUGCGCUCCCACGGGUCCGCCACCCUGUCGCACCAGGAGAUCGAUUUGCUGAAGAUUGUGAAGAAGGCCUCCGAUCCCAAAUCUGUAGGGGGCCUUGGCCUUCAGUUUCCCCUCAUUGUCCGUUUCCCGGACGUUCUCAAGAACCGCUUGGAGUGCCUCCAGUCGGCGUUUGAUUAUGCAAUCCAGUCCGAGGGUUACGGUUCUCAUUACCAAGGAGUUUACCCAGUGAAAUGCAACCAGGACCGAUUUGUGGUCGAGGAUAUCGUCAAAUUUGGUUCGCCGUUCCGGUUCGGCCUGGAGGCAGGUUCCAAGCCGGAACUCCUUCUGGCUAUGAGCUGUUUGUGCAAAGGCAACCCUGACGCGUUGCUAAUAUGUAACGGCUUCAAAGACGCGGAGUACAUUUCUCUUGCCCUGGUCGCCAACAAGCUGGCUCUCAACACCGUUAUUGUUCUGGAACAAGAGGAGGAGGUUGAUUUAAUCGUUGAAUUGAGCAAGAAGCUUUGCAUUAAGCCCGUGAUUGGGUUGCGUGCGAAGCUCCGAACCAAGCAUUCUGGCCAUUUUGGUGCGACUUCAGGUGAGAAGGGUAAGUUUGGUCUGACCACCGCACAGAUUCUCAGGGUUGUGAAGAAGCUGGACCUUGCUGGCAUGCUGGAUUGUUUGCAACUGCUGCAUUUUCAUAUUGGUUCUCAGAUUCCUUCGACAGCGUUGCUUGCUGAUGGCGUGGGAGAAGCCGCGCAGAUCUAUUGUGAACUGGUUCGGUUAGGGGCGAACAUGCGGGUCAUCGAUAUUGGAGGUGGACUGGGCAUUGAUUACGACGGUUCCAAGUCGUGUGACUCUGAUAUUUCAGUCGGGUACAGUCUGGAUGAGUAUGCUGCCGCGGUUGUUCGCGCGGUUCAGUGUGUGUGCGAUCGAAGGUCCGUCAAGAAUCCUGUUAUCUGCAGCGAGAGUGGAAGGGCCAUCGUGUCUCAUCAGUCGGUCUUGGUUUUUGAGGCUGUUGGCACUAGCAGCACCGUGGGCGGAGCCUCCUCCUUGGCUUUUUCCUCACCAUAUUUGGCGGGGGAUCUGUCGGAGGACUACCGUUUUCUGUCGGAGGCGGCUUUUGGAGGGGAUUAUGAACGCUGUUUGGUGUACACGGAGGAGCUGAAGGAGCGAUGCGUGGAGCAGUUCAAACAGGGGACGGUGUGCAUGGAACAACUUGCAGCGGUAGAUGGGUUGUGUGAGUUGGUGAGGAAGGCUGUUGGAGCUGGGGAACCUGUUCGAAGAUACCACGUGAACCUUUCCGUUUUCACUUCCAUUCCGGAUGCGUGGGGCAUUGAACAGGUGUUUCCCAUAAUCCCCAUUCAUCGUCUGGACGAGAAGCCUUCCGUGAGGGGUAUUCUCUCGGAUUUGACUUGCGACAGCGAUGGGAAGAUUGACAAAUUCAUCAACGGGGAGUCCAGCCUGCCGCUGCAUGAAGUUGAUGGAGGUGGUUACUAUUUGGGAAUGUUCUUGGGUGGGGCCUACGAGGAGGCGCUCGGUGGAUUCCACAACUUGUUCGGCGGUCCCAGCGUUGUGAGGGUGUCGCAGAGCGAUGGUCCUCACAGCUUCGCAGUCACGCGGGCCGUGCCGGGUCCAUCAUGUGGAGAUGUUCUUCGAGUGAUGCAGCACCAGCCCGAGCUCAUGUUCGAAACUCUCAAGCACCGCGCGUACGAGUAUGUCAGCCAAGACAAUGCUGCGGUUCUGGCCUCUGGCCUUGCUCGCACUUUUGACAGGAUGCCUUAUCUGGUUCCCCUGUCUUCCUUUGAAGAAGCUGCCUUUCCCGUUUCCGAUGAGGACGAGAGCGUGCAGUGGUCUUAUUAGGAUCGCGUUUGCUUGAAAUGGGUUUCGCAUUCUCAUUCCAUUUCUGUCUGUUCGUGUUGCUUGUUUGUUGUCGUUCGUUCGUCGUGGUCGUCGAGCACUUCAAUUUUUCUUCUUCAGUUUACGCUGUUUUUAGUUUAGCACAGGAUGCAGGACAAGGACAGGUUCAGUCAGUUGUUGUUUUCUGCAUUUUGUUUCGAAUCAAAUGUCUAUUACUUUCGCUCAAGUUCUAGAGUAACAAAUUUUAUUGUUGCCUUGCUUGUUAUACUUAGAAUAAAAAUGUUCUGUUAUGGACAAUUUCCUUUGUU